AUGGGACAUCCAAUUGCUACAGGACCGGGACCAGGACUUCCAGCUCCACUUAGAGCCGACGGUACAUACUUCCGAAUAGAGCUCAGAUUGGUCCCACGGCUUUGCUCCCUACGAACUGACAUUGGAAUUGACCCAACAAAGUUCCCACCGUCUUCCAAUAGAGCUGUAUAUGUUCCAGUGCCAAGAGUCCAGAACCAGAUGGAUGUAUCCAUCACUCACCAAAUGCUAACGGACCAAGCACAUCACAAGGAAAUCAUCGCAGCAAUGUUAGCAUUCAGAGAAGAGUUCUUGAUGAGAGCCGCAACCAGAGAUGGAGAACCUGACAACGAAGCCUACAAAAAGUGGUCCAAGCAACAGAUUGCCAAGACCCAAUUCCAAGCGCUCAAACAAGCACUCAUGGCCACCUACAUUGGACUACAACAAGGAAUGGAGACGCCAAACCAACAACUGGCAAAACUCAACAUGAUCCAAUACGAAGGAGGCACAAUAUAA